UGGGGAAAAGAGUAAAGGGUUAAGUUGAGUAUCAAAACAAAGAAAAGGAAAUGGCGGAGUUGUCGCUGUACCUUACAAACGCUAACGUGUCUCUGGGACAAACUAUGGAACCUGAGAAAAGCUCCAGUGUGGUGAAGGACUUUGAGAGCGUGGAACUCGGCGAUGCAGUAAAGAAGCAGAAGGUCCCACGCAGAACCAUUUACUUUGCCAGCGGUGAGACGAUGGAGGAGUACAGCACGGACGAGGAGGAUGAGGAAGAGGAAGAGGAGCGACGUAAACAGGCCACUAUGAGCACCAUUGAUGCGUCAAAAUUGAAGUGGGGUCCAUAUUUCUGGUUCCACAUGUGGAGAGUGGCCACGAACACCGUCUCAGUGUGUGAUUAUCUGGGAGAGAAAUUGGCGUCACUGCUGGGCAUCACCACGCCCAAGUAUCAGUAUGCAAUCGAUGAGUACUACAGGAUGAAGAAAGAGGAGGAAGAGGCCGAGGAGGAAGACCGUCUUUCUGAAGAAGCCCAGCGGCGCUUCGACAAUCAGCAUCGUGACAAAGAACAGAAUCCAGCUGUGGAGCAGCCUGAAGGGACGAGUUCUUUCGUCAACAUGAGCUUUGAAGCUGAACAGGAGUCAUCAUCAUGAUCAAGUGCCUUUUCUCCACAUUAAACUCUCUCUCGGACUGUGACGUCACUGAUUAAUUUCUUUAAAUAAUAUAUUUAACCAAGGAAACUAUCCAAAGUGAAUGUACUCCUUAAAUGUUCAUUUCUAUAGCUGUGUGUGUGUGUAAAAACAAGUGUGUGGGUGGUCAUAUAUGAAUGAAUGAUUGCAUUUAAUAUCUGAAAAACACAGCCUAAGAGUUGUGAUUUUACGCGUAUGAUUCGGGGUGUGAGACAAUAUGAUAUCGAUGCAAAAAUAAUCAUUUCACUAUCUUCAGGACAGAGGAGUUUACGCUUGCAGUCUCUCAGUAACAUGACAAAGUACAUUCUUUUUUUUUGGUCUUAUUGACACCAAGAAAUGAAGAGAGGCUGGUGAGGGAAUUAUUUGUUUAUAGUUGCUAUGUCAGUGAAAACAGGAUGUAACUAAUUUAAUGGGCAUUCCAAAUCAUUUAAAUGUAACUAUAAACAGAUAAAAAGUAUGACGUGUCAUUGUUUAAUCCCCGUCUGUCAACUAGAGCACGCGAGAAACUGUUCCAGGGGUGGGUUUCCCAAAAGCAUCUUAACGCUAAGAGCAUCUUAACUAGGAGAGAGAGUGUUCAUUGUGCUGUUCGCUCGACCAUUUAACGAUUAACUUUGUGCUACGAUGCUUUUGGGAAACUUGGCACUGACUGGUUGUCUCUUUACUCAGUUUUUUUUCUUCUUUCCUCCUUCCUUUCAAGUCGCACUAGAUCUUGGUGUGUAAUCUGAUUCAUACACUGCUGGACUGAUUUUUCCAUUUCAAAUCCCCCCCCCCCAAUGCCCCUACUUCUAAAUAAAUUAUGUAAUGUCUUUAAUUUCACAUAAACGAACCCUUUUUGUGAGCAUUUUUUUUCCAUUCAGUGUUGUUCACUAUUACAAAGGCUGCGUUCUCAAUUUCACUGGGCAAAAAAAAAAUCCAAUCUUCAUUUCAUAUUAAUACGAAGUUAAGGAAAUCUGAAGGAGUUUCAGAUUGGCUGCCGAAACUACAAACCAAUCAGAUCCUAUAGAGUGACAGAAAUGUUUGGAUUAGCCAAUAAAAACAACAGAGGUGGGGUUUAGUUUAAUCUGUUGACUUAUUUUGGGGAGGUUUAUCCUCAGUCUGUACGCUUUAUUUUAAUUAUUGUGUCACAGUUAAUUUCUCUGCUCAGCUGUUUGAUCUCGCACAUUUAUUUUAUUUGGAUGCUGUUUAUAAAGGUGUUAAUGAUUAGAUAAGUGGCAUUUAAUGGUGUGAGUUGAUGUCAUGGUCUUGUAGUGAUGACCAGGUUGGACAAUUAUCAUAUCUGAAAUUUAUCACGUGAUUUCACUUUUUUUUUUUAAUAUAAAUAAAAGGGGGGGGGAGGAAAAACAAUUCAGUCUUAAUAGAACUUCGAGAAGCAUGAGAGCAUAAACAUUUGUGUGAACUUAGAAAUCAUUAUUACACCAAGGAUGAUUUUUUUUUUUUUUUUUAAUUUUCACUCAUUUUGUUGCAGUGACCAUUAAAAACUGAUGAAAUAAUGUCCUCCUCUGAUGUGUGUGCGUGCGGGUGUUUUUUCAGGAUGUAAAAAUGAAGAAAUUGACAUUCUUUAAUGUUUGUCGAUCUCAAAUCACAACUUUGAAAAACUGUAUAAUUUAUGUAUAGUUUCUUUAAAUGCACUACUCUUUUUAAUAUGGUUUAGCUUGUUAAAAAAAAAACUAUAUAAUAAUGUGACUUUCUUUAAUAAACUCUUGAACACUCA